AUAAAACUAGGGAAAGAAUGUUAUUUGCAAAAAAAGGCAGAGAGAGAAUCAAGUUUCAAGACUCUUAUGGAAUCUGAGAGAGAAGGACUGAGAUUUUUCUACAGAACGUUCAGAGGUGCAGUUGCGUUUCCUUUUAGCCAGAAGGGGGUAAAGCAGAACUAGAAAUGUAUGUUGUGCACGAGGAUGAGCAUAGAAAGUGGGAAGGCAGCAACAAAAUAUGGAUAAAUGCCUGUAUAGCUGUUACUUCCAUGCAUAUUAUAUCUGGAAAUAUCAGAGAAAUAUAUUAAAAAUCCAACAGUCGUCAGUCUGUAAGGGGGUCUUGAUCGAUCAGGCAUGGUUCUUGCAGUUUAAUAGGAAUCAUUCUGUGAGGAAUGGGAAGGUGGAGCACUCUUGAGUAGAUUAGCAUAUUCUUGUUUACUCAUCCUCGGAGGGGGCUUUUCUUUCAUUUUGUAAGGGAGGAAAGCGGAGGGGGAUAGAAGAGAGUUUCGGCUUAAGGCUUCUGUUUUAAAGAAAAAAUACAUUUGACUAGAGCAUCUUUUAUGGAGAAGAGUGAAUAUUAAACGUAAAAUGUCUUGUUUUUUACGUAUUAUCCCUGAACACUUUUUUAAUGGAAGGAAAUAGAAGGAGACUGAGGAGAUCGCUGUACUGAGAAGUGACCAGAAGAGCACGAGGGAUACGUCGCUUGUAAUUUUAACAUUUCAGGGAGUAAAAAGUUAACUGUCCAGGAGGAGAGAGCACAAACCUGGCUGAUCGGGAGAGUAUAGUUGUGAACAGGGGGACUGUUGGAGAUGCUUCUGUGGAGUUUGUUGUUGCCUUUUGGGCUCUUCUAUACAGCCUUGGCAAGUGCCUCUCAGUGUGGAGUGGACGAGCACUCACAUCGGGCUCGGAGGAGCGUGCGAAAUCCACACAACUCUCGUACUGUUACAGGGGGCUCCUGCGCUACAAGCCUUACACGGGGUAGGCAAUCUCUCGGUAGCUUAGAACACCUGAGGGUACACAAGAGAAGAAAGCAAAGGGACGCAAAUGAGGGUGUUGGUUCUCUGGCCUCCGGCACGGCGCUGUAUUUCACAGGGAAUGGAGACCAGCUGCGCCUCAAGGCGGGUAUCGAGUUGCCAAGGGAUAUGUUCACCCUACAGGUUUGGCUGAGAGCCGAGGGAGGGCAGCGGUCUCCAGCAGUUAUAACAGGACUUUAUGACAAAUGUUCCUACACCUCUCACGACCGUGGAUGGGUUCUUGGAAUAAAGGCAUUGAGUGAGCAGAGUACAAGAGAUCCACGUUAUUUCUUCUCUUUGAAGACCGAUCGUGCAAGAAAAGUUACUACCAUCACUGCUCAUCACAACUACCUCCCUAAUGUAUGGGUACAUCUUGCUGUCACAUAUAAUGGUCAUAUGAUCAAAUUUUAUGUUAAUGGGGCUCAAGUAGCUAUAAGUGGUGAGCAAGUUGGCCCUAUCUUCAGCCCUCUGACACAAAAAUGUAAAGUUCUUAUGAUUGGGGGUAAUGCUUUAAAUCAUAAUUUCAGGGGCUACCUGGAACAGUUAAGCCUCUGGAAAACAGUACGAACACAGGAAGAAAUAAUGAGUGAUAUGGACCAAGAACCACAUGGACAGAGCACCUUUCUACCUCAACUUGUUCUUCAGGAUAGCUUUGAAAAUGUGAAAUACAAUUGGUCUCCCAUAAAAGAUGGAAAAUUUCCUCAUACAGAAAAUAUAUAUCAACAUGGUUUGCUGCUGGAUACAAUGUUAGAGCCACCCCCAUGUGGGGAAACUCUUUGUGACAAUUUGGAUGUGAUCACUAGUUAUAACAAACUUGGAAGAUUUCGCCAACCGAGAGUUGUACAAUAUAGAGUGAUCAAUGUAUACGAUGACAACCAUGAGAACCCAACAGUCACAAAAGAUCAGAUUGAGCUCCAACAUCAAAAACUAAAUGAGGCAUUUAGCCAAUACAACAUCACAUGGGAUUUACAUGUGCUUGAAAGGAAUGAUUCUUUCCUUCGUAAUCGCCUUAUCCUUACAAAUUGUGAAAUUAGCAAGAUUGGUGAUGUAAAUUGUGACCCAAAGUGUAAUCAUGUUCUCACUGGGUAUGACGGUGGUGACUGCCGCCGUCCCGGUGCUAGUGGUCUGUCAAAGAAGAAGCAAAAUGGUGUGUGCGAUAUGGAUAGCAAUAGUGAAACAUUCCAUUACGAUGGUGGUGACUGCUGUAACCCAAAUAUCACAGAUGUCGCAAAGACAUGCUUUGAUCCGGAGUCUCCUCACAGGGCUUACUUGGAUGUGAAUGAAAUGAAGAACCGUCUUAAUUUGACUGGAUCAACACAGCUCAACAUAUUUUUUGCAAAUUCAUCUGAAGAAGAACUGGCUGGAGUGGCAACUUGGCCAUGGGACAAGAUGGCUCUAACUCAUCUUGGUGGUAUUGUUAUGAAUCCAUCAUUUUAUGGCAUCCCUGGGCACACACAUACAGUGAUCCAUGAGAUUGGUCAUAGCUUGGGGCUGUACCAUGUCUUCCGUGGCAUAUCAGAAAUCCAGUCCUGCAGUGACCCCUGCAUGGAGACAGAGCCUUCUUUUGAGACUGGUGAUCUCUGUCAAGAUACAAACCCAGCACCCAAACACAAGACAUGUGGAGAUCCUGGUCCUGGAAAUGACACAUGUGGUUUCCAAAGAUUUAUUAAUACACCCUUUAAUAACUAUAUGAGCUAUGCAGAUGAUGACUGCACAACCUCCUUCACACUCAAUCAAGUUGCCAGAAUGCACUGCUACCUGGACCUUGUGUAUCAGAGCUGGCAGGUCACUUCCAAACCUUUACCAGUGGCCAUUGCUCCUCAAGUUGUAGAACACACUUUUACUUCAGUCACCAUGGAAUGGUUUCCACCUAUUGAUGGACAGUUUUAUGACAGAGAAGAGGGGAAGGCCUGUCAUCUAUGUACAGACAGAAGUGUUUUGGUGCAGUAUGCUUCCAACGCAUCUUCACCUGUGCCAUGCAACCCUUCUGGUCACUGGAGCCCCAGGGAAGCUGAAGGUCAUCCUGAUGUGGAACAACCAUGUGAAACAAGUGUACGCACUUGGAGUCCCAAUUCAGGAGCAAAUCAGUACACUGUGCCUCCUACAUGUCCUGAACCAUAUGGAUGUUACUUGCAGCUUGAGUUCACAUACUCUGUGAUCCCACAGUCCCUCACUAUCUGGGUGACAUAUGUGAACACAGAGUGGGACACAAGUAGAGCUGUAGUAGACGUCAAACUUUUAAUGGUCAGCGGAAAAGAAUUCUCCCUAGGUCCUCAGAACAUAUUCUGUGAUGUUCCAUUGACCAUCAAGCUGGACAGCGUUAUAGACAUGGAAGAGGUGUUUGCCAUCCAGAUCUAUACAAAGGACAAUCAGAUGGAGAUAGAUGCAGCCAUGGUCGCAUCAUUGCCAAACAACCCAUUGUGUGUAGAGUGCAAGUCCAUCCAAUACAAGGUGCUUCGAGAUCCACCUGUAGAAGAUCAUUAUAUUCCCCUGAUAUCAAGCCUUCACAGAAGAUAUACAGACCUGAAUGUGAAACCUGGCAGUAUAUACAAGUACCAGGUGGUGACGCUGUCCAGAAGUGGAGAGAGCGUACCAUCUCCAGAGCUGAUCUAUGUUCAUGGUGGUGGCUACUGUGGCGAUGGAACGAUUCAAAAGGAGCUUGGGGAAGAAUGUGAUGACAAGAACAAGAUGAAUGGUGAUGGAUGCUCACUCUUUUGCAGACAAGAGAUGUCAUUCCACUGCCUGGGUGAACCAAGCAGGUGCUAUUUUCAUGAUGGUGAUGGGGUCUGUGAGGAGUUUGAAAGGAUGACAAGUAUAAAAGACUGUGGAGUAUAUACUCCAACAGGUUUUUUUGAUCAGUGGGCUUCAAAUGUGUCUGUUUCACAUCAUAGUGAACAACAUUGUCCCAGUUGGGUUGUGAUUGGACAACCAGCUGCAACACAGGUAUGCCAUACAAAAGUGAUAGAGAUCAGUGAACAAAUAGCCCAGCAUGCUUGGUAUCCCUGUACAGUCAGAUCCCACGUCAAGAACUUUUGGUUAAGGGCCUACUUUGCCCAACCUGUUGUUGCUACUGCAGUGAUUAUCUACCUUUUGACAGAUGGGACAUAUUACAAUGACCACAAGCCAGGGACGAUCUUUGUGCAAUUAAUUGAUGUCAAAGAACAAAUGCACGACUUGGGUGUUCAUAUUCUUAGCUGCAGGAACAACCCUCUGGUGAUUUCUGUGAUGCAUGACCUCAGUCAACCAUUUUACUAUAGCCGGGCAGUUCUCAUUAGCUUUACUUCGCAGUGGGUGGCCAUCUCUGGGGUGGCUCUGCGCUCUUUCCAUGAUUUUGAUCCUAUAACCAUCGGCAGCUGUCAAAGAGGAGAGAUCUAUAGUGCAGAUAAGCAAAGCUGUGUCCAUUAUACAUGCAACCCUGCUGAAUGCCAGAAACUGGAGAUUGAAAACGCUGAGAUGAAUUGCACAAAUGGGCACUAUGAUGGGGCCCAGUGUAAGGUGACUUGCCACACAGGGUACAUAUUUCAAAUACAUAGAGAUGAUGAUCUUAUGAAAUCCCAGUUUGAUUCCCAUAUAAAUAUAACUUGCAGAAAUGGCAAGUGGAACAAGCAGGUGACCUGUGAACCUGUGGACUGUGGCUUCCCUGAUAAGAAUCAUAUUUACCCUGCAUCUUUCUACUGCCCCAAAGGAACCACUUAUGGAAAACAGUGCUCGUUUCAGUGUCGACCCCCUGCACAGCUCAGAGGAACCAAUAAUAUGUUGAACUGUUUAGAAGAUGGACUGUGGUCUUUUCCUGAAGCCUUCUGUGAGCUCAUGUGUUUGACUCCUCCUCCAUUGCCUGACGCUGUCCUGCAGACCAAACGCUGUCAAUCAGGAGGCCAUAAAGUGGGGUCUUAUUGCAAAUAUAAAUGCAAGCCAGGUUAUCAUGUUGCCGAUCCAUCCAAGAAGACAAAAAAGAAAGCCUUCAAGAUUCAGUGCACAGAGGAUGGAAGUUGGCAACGUGGCGAAUGUGUUCCCAUAAUGUGUGAGCCCCCUCAUCCCAAGUUCCAUGGGCUCUAUCAGUGCACCAAUGAGUUCAAGUACAAUAGUGUAUGUAAAAUGAUAUGUGAAGAGAGCAAUAACCAAUCGAAUUCGGAGAAUAUUAUUCAUUGCCGAAAAGAUGGCAGUUGGAGUGGCAGUUUCCAUCUCUGCAAGACCAUGCAAGGUCACUGUGCACCUCCACGCCCAGUGAAUGACACCUUAAAGUUUUACUGUUCAGACGAAUAUGGAAUAGGAACUGAAUGUGCUCCAGUGUGUCUCUAUCACAAUAUGGAGGACAGCAAGAUGGAGGCAGUGGUACUACCAUUUAACUCUACAGAAAAAUCUCUGCAGCAUUGGAUGAACCCAGUCAGAGUCAAGAAAAUUGUCUGCACAGCUGGACUCCAGUGGUAUCCUCCGCCAGAAACCCUUCACUGUAUAAAAGGUUGUGAGCCAUUCUUUGGAGACAAUUAUUGUGAUGGUGUGAACAACCGAGCUUUCUGCAAUUAUGACGGAGGGGAUUGCUGUGUUUCGACUGUUAAGACCAAAAGGGUAACUCCUUUCCCAGCAAAUUGUGACCUGCAAGGGGAGUGUGCAUGUCUGGACCCUAGUGCCAAAGAGAAUAUUCAAAAAAGCACACACCCACUCACCCUUAUAUAAAAAAAACAUGCAAACUUUGACACAACUAUUAACCAAAGGCAAACUGGAAUAGACAUAUUCCUUCAGGGUGUUUUUUUUAUACAUAUGCUGCUGAACUGGAUAACACUUCUGCACCACUGAUUCUAGGCAUGAUAUGGUCUGCCACUUUGUCAGUCAAGGAUCAACUUAAGAAUAAUCUAUACUGAAUAAAUUGAUGGAAAAAGUUGAUAGUGGCUGCUUAGUUUGACCAGAUGAAAGCAAAAGAACAAGCCAUAGACCCAUAUAAAGUAUACAUAUACAACUAGGCUGGAUACUUCAGUCCCUUUCUUCCGUCAUGGAUGCUCACAACUUAUUCCAGAAAGAACCAAGAGUGAUGCCUACUUCAAAAGUUGGACAUAACACCAGACCUAAUGAAACCACCUGGAAGCAUGUUUUUCAUUGCAGUGAUGCUGUAACAAUGAAAUUACAACAACCUUGAGUGUUGAUAUGUCCAUUGUGUAGUCCCUAUUUCAGCUGAAAAAAGUUUUCUGUGACAAUAACAUAUGUGUAUUCCAGUUUAAAUAUGUCAAAAUAUUUAAUCAAAACCUAAACAAAGUUGUUUGAGCAUAGUUGUUGCUGCUAUUCCUGCUGCUAUGCUCCACACAGGCAUCUUCCUAACUGUCAGGGUAGGGUGAAAUCAACCCAAACAGCCAGUUUGCCUUAAUGCCAGUCUUUAGCUUACCAUUACCACCUUGGACAUAGCUAUAUAUCAUGCAGUUUUCCUGUCUGGCAUAUAGUGUGGAGAGAAUUUCUUUUAACGUGUGUGUUCACAGACCAAAAUGGCCAAUAUUAUAAAGAGCCCCUUUCAUGUAGCAAGUUGCAUAAUAUAUAUUGUAAGCAGGGUCGAUAAUAUUUAUUUUAUCAGUAUUGUAUUCAGGGUUUGGAACACUCUCAAGUCAUCAAGGUUUGAGGGAUUCAUCAUGCUCCCAUAAAAGCACUGACAUUUUCUUUAUUCUUUCAUCAUUAUGUGAGGUCACUGUUAUUUUAUUUUUUAACCAAGGAAACUGUUAUGCAGGCUUUUUCUUUGGUGUUAUUACUUCCACUUGUGUGGUCACAGCCUGCUAGUUACUUUUGUGUUAUUUGGACCAUUUCAAUGUUAGCGAAACAAAAUAAUUUUAAAUCUAAAUAAAAGUGAAUAUUAAAUCUCAAGUGGGCCUAUGUAAUGGGUAAAGCUAUGAUGUAUUUACAGAACCGGUGAGUAGUUUUACUUUAGCUUUAUACUCUACAUUUUAACUAUCCAAAAAACAGUUCAGAUAUAAAGCAUGAGAUCUGCAAGUGAGAGAGUGUAAAGGCAGCUCCUUUACUCCAGGAGCUUUGUUAGAGUGUUUUCAGGGCAGGUAUUUUUUAGGAGCGUGAAUGCUGUUCAAACAUAGUUGGAGUUAGAACAGAACAUUUUCGUUACUCAUUUUAGCACUAGAACUUUUUUACAUCACACUAUAUCAUUGUGUUACUGCAAUAUCUUUAAUUUGUGUUUUGUACGUAAUCAAAACAUUAUAAUUUCAACCAGUAUUCUACUAAGCUCCAGUUACUGCACUCAUAAUAUCAGUACAGCUGUGUACAAUGAACCUCAAAAAAGCUGCUAAUUGCUUAUCUGGGUGUAGUCAAUACCUGACUCGAACAAUGACAUAUUUACAAAAAGUUUAUUAAUUUUCAGGUUUUUUUAAGUA